UGAUUGACACAAAAAGAAUCACAAAUAUUCGUUUUAAAAAUAAUUUUAAGUAAAUUAAUAUUAUAGAUAAAAUUGUUACCGACACAGUGAUUGUAGUAUGUCAUCAUCCUAAUGUUGCAAUCAAGGAUUAGGCUUUUCCUGUCCGAAUUACGUAGGAAAAUCGGAUCACGGGCCCUGUACCUAUUGGUGAGUGUUAACGACUGCAGAUGCAUUUGGGACCAACAUCAGCUUAAUAUGGUCCACACAGUCGAUCUGUGCAUAAAAUCGCUCCGUUCUACAUCGUUGGAUUGUCACAUUAAUGCGGUCUGUUUUGAAUAGCGAUCCAUCGAGAACAGAACCUAUAGAAUGCGACUUUCAAGGAUUCGUGAGGCGGAAAACUAUUUUAAAAGAUGGAAGGAAGAUAUCUCUAUCGUCGUGGCAGAGAUACUGGCUGCAAAUAACGAGAAACAUUCUCGUUUUCUACUCUUCGAAGUCUUUUAAAGGGACAAGUCGAAACGAUUUCCGUUUGGAGCGUUGUAAAGUGCUGUGUUUGGAUGGAUGGGUGGCUACCUGGAACGCCGGAGAUGCGGCUGAUGCCUUCCAACUUAUAAACCACCACGCAGCUACGAUGUACAAAUUUAAGUGAGUACUCCUGCAUAUGUUGUAGUUUUAAAGUUUAAAAACCAAUAGAGGUGGCCAAUUGAUUACAUAAUAUGUACGCACAUACAGUACCUAAAAUUAUAAUAAGGAUAAAAGGAUCAACCUAAGAAAUAUCUGUCUGUGGAAUUUAUAUAUUUUUUCGAGAUUCGCUAGAAGAGGGUAAUAAAUGUUACUUAUAUUAGAAAUGAGUUGGACCGCCUAUUGAUUUCUUAUUUAAUUAUAUAUUCCGGAAUGCACGACAAAUUAGAUAGUUAUAAGUCUACACUAGUCUGCAUAAGCUAAAAUAUAUUACGAUUACAGAGUACACCCUGCAUGUUUUCACAUACAUUAUAAUUUAUCGGAUAUCAGUUUUUCUGCGUGUAACGAAUUAAAAUCCAACGUUUAGCAUUAUGUUAGUAGAAUCGAAAUGAACAAUUCACAAAAUGUGGAAAAUCAGUGUUAUGCGUCUAAUGGCUGAUUUACACGUAUUAAGUUGUUGACUAGUUAACAAAAUUUGAACUUACAACUUGUUACUUAACGUGAAACCAGCCAUUCGCGUAUAUGAUUUAAGUCAACCUUAAGAUUUUAAUCCUGUCAUAAACGACAAAAUAAAGUUCCCGUCAUUGCACAGAUAUUAUAAUACUAUGAAGCGGUAACUAUAAGAAACUCUCAUUGAUUUUUUAUAUUUAAAACGUUUAUAUAUUUUUACAACGAUUUGAUUUUUUUAUUCGUAUAUUAUUCAAAAAUGUUGAUUUAUUUCAGUUUCCGAAAUAACUUUGUCAGUCCAAAUCUUUCUGAUGAUAUGUGAUUUAGGAAAGCAAUAUAAUUCAGAAAACUAAUACAAUAAAAAAUAUUGAAUUAAAAUUAUAAUUACUAAAAGCAGAUCAUAACAAAACAAUGAUGAAAACAAAAGCCCUGAACCGAGUAACCCGGUCGAGUAUUCUGUACAUUUCUAAUUAACAGUUACCGACGACAUUUAGUCUGAAUUUAUCGUAGCGAAGAAUAACCAACAUUAAUUAAGAAUUGUACGUCUUUUCCUAGAACUGGAUCUGAAACGUCGGCCAAACAGUGGGUGAGGAAAAUAGAGGAAGUGACUACUAAAAUAGUCAAACCCCUCCCUGCGAACCUGAUGUCGUUUGAAUAACGCAUAUACCAGCCAACCAGUAUGUACGUGUGAUUUUCAUAAACUACAGUUAUUGUUAAAAUUAUAUGUACAGCUGUACCUAAGUGUGAUUCUGCGUACUCCUCGCAAAGCUUUUACAUCGUCGUUGAAUUAUCAAACUUUUAAUAAUUAUUAUUUUAUUGUUAUUAUAUAAUUUAUUUUUGUUAUAUUUCGUGCUUGAAAUAUUAUUUAUGUUACUUUAUACCAAUGUUUUCCAAUCUAUAGUCCGCGAUCCCCUGGGGACGUAAGUAUAAGUAUAUGAUGGGGGAUUAUAUUAUAUU